AUGGGCCGCUCAUCACCCAACGAGCUGGACAAGUCCAAGCCCGGUCCAGCACAACCAACAUGCGAGGAAACGCCUCUCCUCCAAGAACAUGCGAGCAGCCCAGACUCGGCAAAGUCUCGUUCUGUCUCAUGGGCUUCGAUCCCUGGGAAGUGGCAGCUGGCCGUCCUCGUCAUGGCCCGUCUGGCCGAGCCGUUGAGCGAACGGUCUUUGACGUCCUACCUCUUCUAUCAACUGCAAUGGCUCAACCCGGACCUCGACCCUGCCGAGAUUCCCAAGCAAGCCGGUUACCUCACUGCCGUGUUUGCAGCGGCGCAGUGCCUCACGUCUGUCUGGUGGGGGCAUGCCGCGGACAACCCGAGUCUGGGCCGCAAGCGCGUCUUGACGAUUGGGCUUGUCGGCUCGGCCAUGUCUGCGUUGGGCAUGGCUUUCUCGACGUCUCUAUACGCUGCCUUCUUCUUCCGGUUCUGUGCCGGCGCUCUUAAUGGGAACAUCGGUGUUCUCAGGACUAUGGUCUCUGAGAUUGUCGUUGACAAGCGGUACCAACCUCGAGCAUUUCUUCUAUUGCCCAUGUGCUUCAACGUCGGCGUCAUCAUCGGGCCACUUCUGAGUGGAUUCCUCGCCGAUCCUGUUCAUACUCUCCCACGCCUUUUCGGACCAGACUCGCUCUUCGGCGGUGCUCAUGGUGUUCAAUGGAUGAGGGAUUUCCCAUAUGCGCUUCCCAACUUGUUCUGUGCAGUCAUUCUGGGAACUGCAACUCUCGGGAUCAUCUUGGGUCUCGACGAAACGCAUCCGCAACUGAAGCAUCAGCCGGAUGCUGGACGUAGGUUGGGCAAGCACAUUAUGCAUACGAUUCUGCGACGGGUGCCGGGCUACAACGACGAUCCAGGAGCCGUUGGUAUUCCGUCCGCCUCGGUUCAAGGGCCUAUAGACGAGGAGGUUGGUGCAUUGCCGAUCAAGCCAAAGAGGAAGAUCCGGGCCCCGUUCAGUGCCAUCUUGACGAGACAAGUCUGCCUCAACAUGCUGCAACGGUUUCUUCAAUCCCUGCACGUCUCGGCAUUCAACUCCAUCUUCUUCAGCCUCCUACCGACGCCCAGGGCGGAAAACAACAACUUCCACACGCCCUUCCGCUUCACCGGCGGCCUCGGCCUCUCCAGCGAGAAGAUCGGGUUGGCCAACACGACGAUAGGCAUGAUCGGGAUACCUCUACAGCUGAUUCUCUAUCCGAGGCUGAUCAGCAUGCUUGGUGUCAGGCAAUCCUACCGCGUCUUCCUGCCACUCAGCAUCGUCGCGUACUUCUCGCUGCCCUAUCUCGUACUGUUGCCAGACGAUGCCGUCCUGAUCUGGACGUGCCUGUCGGCCGUGCUGACGAUGCACGUCUUGUCUCGAACGUUUGUCAACCCGGCGACGAUGCUGCUUGUCAACGACUCGGCCCCGAGCCCGAACCUGCUCGGGACGGUACACGGUCUGGCAUCCAGCAUCUCGAGCGCAGGUCGGAUAAUGGGACCGACGGCCGGCGGCGCGAUGCUUAGCUGGGGCCUUACCCACGACCUCGUGGGCUUGCCUCUGUGGCUGUUGGGGGUUUUGGCGGUGAUCAACUGGGCUGUUCUCUGGUGGAUCGACGACGUGAGCAUGUCUCACUAA